AUGAACGAGAAGACUCUGAAAGUCCUUUUUUUAGGCCCUAAAGGUACGUAUUCCCAUCAAGCUGCAUUACAACAAUUUCAAUGUAUAUCUGAUGUCGAAUACCUCGCAGCAACCUCUAUUCCUCAGUGUUUCAAUGAAUUAGAGAAAGACACUAGUAUAGAUUAUUCUGUGGUACCGCUGGAGAAUUCUACUAAUGGGCAAGUAGUUUUUUCCUAUGACCUUUUGCGCAAUAGGAUGAUCCAAAAAGUUCUAUCCUCAACUGCUUCAGCAGAUGCUAAUAGAAUCACGCCAGAUAUAGAGGUUAUAGCAGAGCAAUAUGUGUCCAUUACGCAUUGCUUGAUCAGCCCCAUUGAACUACCAAACGGUAUCGAAUCCUUAGGAGAAUUCAAAGAAGUGAUAAUAUAUUCACAUCCUCAAGUAUGGGGCCAAGUCGAGGGUUACUUAAAAUCCCUGGCGGAGAAAUUUCCCCAACUCACCUUUAGCAGAUCUGAUUGUUCCUCAACAUCCGAAUCGGUGAACCAUUGCAUGCGGUCACAAACUGCCAGUUGCAACAAAAUUUUGCAUUUAGCCAUUGCUAGUGAAAUGGCAGCUCGGUUGCAUAACGCCUACAUAGUCGAACAUCCGAUCAAUGACAAACUCGGUAACACAACAAGAUUUCUAGUUUUGAAGAGGAGAGAAAGUGCAUGCAACUAUGAACUUAAGGACUAUCAACAGCCACAGGUUAAUUUGCUAACCUUCACUACCCGUCAAGAUGAUCCUGGUUCUUUGGUGGACGUUUUGAACGUACUAAAAAUUCAUUCGCUCAACAUGUGCUCUAUAAAUUCUAGACCAUUCCAUUUGAACGAAAAUGAUAGAAAUUGGCGAUAUCUGUUUUUUAUUGAGUAUUAUACUGAUAGAAAUACCCCAGAAAAUAAAGAAAGGCUCUAUAGAGAUAUCAGUGCAAAAAGUAAACAGUGGUGCCUAUGGGGUACAUUUCCUAGAAACGAGAGAUAUUAUCACAAAUGA